AGGCGGAGCCGGCGCCGGGAGCUGUAGCGGGAGAGCGUCAGCGGGACCCCAGCGCGGGCGGCGGCGGCUGGGCGGGAGCCCCAGAGGGCAGGAACUGCUGCCGCAACCUCCGGCUGGGCACCAAACACCCGUGCCCGCCAAUGCGGCCCAGCCCCCGGAGAGUCAGGCCCACAGAACGUGCCCAUGUGGGCUGGCGGUGUGGGGAGCCCUCGGCGGGGCAUGGCCCCUGCGUCCACGGAUGACCUCUUUGCCCGCAAGCUGCGCCAGCCAGCACGGCCCCCGCUGACACUGCACACCUUCGAUCCGAGGCCAGUCCGGGGCCCGCUCCUGCGCAGUGGCAGUGAUGCAGGCGAGGCCAGACCCCCCACGCCAGCCAGCCCCCGUGCCCGUGCCCACAGCCACGAAGAGGCCAGCCGCCCUGCAGCCACUUCCACCCGGCUCUUCACUGACCCGCUGGCACUGCUGGGGCUGCCAGCCGAGGAACCAGAGCCUGCCUUCCCACCAGUGCUUGAGCCUCGAUGGUUUGCCCACUAUGACGUGCAAAGCCUGCUCUUUGAUUGGGCUCCGAGGUCUCAGGGGACGGGGAGCCACUCAGAGGCCAGCUCUGGGACCCUGGCUUCAGCAGACGACCAGGCUGCCAGCUCGGACCUGCUGCAUGGGGCACCUGGCUUUGUGUGUGAGCUCGGGGGUGAGGGUGAGCUAGGCCUGGGUGGACCAGCAUCCCCACCUGUGCCCCCUGCACUGCCCAACGCGGCCGUGUCCAUCCUGGAGGAGCCACAGAACCGAACCUCGGCCUACAGCCUGGAGCACGCAGACCUGGGUGCUGGCUACUACCGCAAGUACUUCUAUGGCAAAGAACAUCAGAACUUCUUCGGGAUGGACGAGUCGCUGGGCCCGGUGGCAGUGAGCCUGCGGCGGGAGGAGAAGGAGGGCAGCGGAGGGGGCACCCUGCACAGCUACCGCGUCAUCGUGCGGACUACGCAGCUCCGGACCCUCCGUGGCACCAUCUCGGAGGACGCGUUGCCGCCGGGGCCCCCACGGGGUCUGUCCCCAAGGAAACUUCUGGAACACGUGGCGCCGCAGCUGAGCCCCAGCUGCCUGCGCCUGGGCUCAGCUUCACCCAAGGUACCACGGACGCUGCUCACACUGGAUGAGCAAGUGCUGAGUUUCCAGCGCAAGGUGGGCAUCCUGUACUGCCGGGCGGGCCAGGGCUCAGAGGAGGAGAUGUACAACAACCAGGAGGCGGGACCAGCCUUCAUGCAGUUUCUCACCUUGCUGGGCGAUGUGGUGCGGCUCAAAGGCUUUGAGAGUUACCGGGCCCAACUAGACACCAAAACGGAUUCCACAGGCACACACUCCCUCUACACCACGUACCAGGACCACGAGAUCAUGUUCCACGUGUCCACGAUGCUGCCUUACACCCCCAACAACCAGCAGCAGCUCCUGCGGAAGCGUCACAUUGGCAACGACAUUGUGACCAUCGUGUUCCAGGAGCCUGGCAGCAAGCCCUUCUGCCCCGCCACCAUCCGCUCACACUUCCAACACGUGUUCCUAGUGGUGCGGGCACAUGCACCCUGCACACCGCACACCUCCUACAGGACGCUGGGGACUGGGGAAGUCCUGCCUGACCCUGUCCCCCUCCACAGGAGUUUUUCGGAGCUGUACAUGCUGUCUCUGCAGGAGCCCAGCCGGCGGGGGGCCCCAGAGCCUGUGCAGGAUGAGGUCCAGGGGGUGACCCUGCUGCCCACCACAAAACAGCUGCUGCACCUGUGCCUGCAAGAUGGUGGCAGUCCUCCAGUGCCUGGGGAUCUGGCCGAGGAGAGGACCGAGUUCCUGCACAGCCAGAACUCGUUGUCACCACGCAGCUCCCUGUCAGAUGAGGCCCCAGUCCUGCCCACCACCACCCCGGAUCUCCUCCUGGCUACCACGGCCAAGCCAUCAGUACCCAGUGCUGACAGUGAGGCACCCCUGACCCAGGACGGGCCAGGCAGUCCCAGUGGCUCUGAGGACAAGGGCAACCCGGCUCCAGAGCUGAGGGCCUCCUUUCUGCCACGUACCUUGUCUCUGCGGAACUCCAUCAGCAGGAUCAUGUCGGAGGCAGGCAGUGGGACCCUGGAGGAUGAGUGGCAGGCCAUCUCUGAGAUCGCCUCCACUUGCAACACCAUUCUGGAGUCGCUGUCCCGAGAGGGACAGCCCAUCCCAGAGAGCGGAGACCCUAAGGGAACUCCAAAGUCUGAUGCUGAGCCAGAGCCUGGGAACCUCUCAGAGAAGGUCUCUCACUUGGAGUCCAUGCUCAGGAAGCUGCAGGAGGACCUGCAGAAGGAGAAGGCGGACAGGGCAGCCCUGGAGGAGGAGGUGCGGAGCCUGAGACACAACAACCGACGGCUGCAGGCAGAGUCUGAGAGCGCAGCCACACGCCUGCUCCUGGCCUCCAAGCAGCUGGGCUCUCCCACCCCUGACCUGGCCUGAGCCACCUGGGACUACCUGGGCCCCUGAGGGCACCGUGGUCACACUGGGCCCUUCUCAGGAACUCUCCCUGCGCAGAGGCGCGUCUUAGCACUGCCCCCCUCCCCAGCCCUUUAUUUGGUGGCCUCUACCCCUUCCCUGUUUGUAAAUAUUCUGUGAGAAAAGAGGACUUCAGGGAGUAAAGAAGCCACUGCUGUC